AUGCAUCUCCAACUCCUCCUCACGAGUCUUUCCCUUACCAGUCUCUCCUUCGCCGCCCCCCAAGGCCCUACGCCCGCUGCCCCAGCCCGACAAUGCAAGCGUAUUCCCACCGACCCCGAGUGGCCGGCCCCCGAGGCCUGGAAAGCCGCGAUGCCCGCCGUCGUCGCGCGCGGCCCGCAAGGCAAUCCUACUCGACCCGACUACUCCAUCGAAGCCUUCUCUGUCGCCGACGUGCAAGCCGCCGUCAACUUUGCCCGGACGAACAACAUCCGCCUCACCAUCGUCAACAGCGGCCACGACUUCCUAGGAAGGAAUGACGCGCCGACCGGACUAUCGUUGAUGGUCGGGGAUCUGAAAGGAGCGAAAGUCUUGCAGAGUUUCACGCCGAGUGAGAAAGGGGCGGAGAGCCCGGAUUACGAGGUGGGGGCGGUGGCGAGCGCGAAUAAGAUCACGGUGCUGCCGGGGCAGCAGCCAGCGGUGACGUUUGGCGCGGGAGUAUCAACGCAGGAAUUGCAUGAUGUGUUGGCGCCGAGUGGACUGUUCACCAUGGGUGCGGCGCACGGAGAGGUGAGGACGGCGGGAGGGUGGGGGCAGACUGCCGGACAUGGGCCGUUUACGAGCGUGUACGGGUUAGGGGUCGACCAGGUGUUGGAAUAUAAGGUCGUUACUGCCGACGGUGAGUUGCGAGUUGCCAAUGCGAAGGUGAAUCAGGAUCUCUUCUGGGCACUGAGAGGUGGUGGAGGAGGGACGUUUGGGGUCGUGGUCGAGGCGACAGUGAAGGCGUUCCCAACUCCGAAGAUUACAAUGACGAGGUUCUGGCUCAACGCGACGGAGGUCGGCAGUGGAAGAAUCUUCGAAGCUGCUGCGUACCUCCAUAGUCAGUUUCCGGAAGUAAAUGCUAAAGGGAUGCAGGGAUACUACUACACCCAAGAGAACACCCUAUCAGCAACUUUCUUGAGCAUUGGCGAGCAUGGCGGGGUUGCCACCGCAAAUGCCACAUGGCAACCGGUCCUUCAGAAACUGGCCAGCCUGCCGGGCAUCACGACACCCAUCACCUCGUUCCUCGAGUACCACACCAUGAAACAGUGGUUCGACUCCGCAUUCGGCCCUAUCCCCGCGGAGACACACACCGAGAUGCCCGAGGAAGGAGGCCAUUCUCAUGGGGAUACAGUCGGAGCCACCGAGGAACCAGCCGGGGGACAUGAUCACGGCGAGCCCACCCCAGCGACCACCGCCAUCGCCGGAGGACAUGACCACGCCGAGCCUACCCCUGAGGCCACCACCAUGGCCGGCGGCCACGACCACGCCGAACCCGCCGCCUCAGGGGGUCACGCCCACGCCCAGCGGGACACCUACCACCUCGACCCACGCUCCGCGCACGAGCCCGAGACGCUCCGCGAGUUCUUCAAGCGGCACGGCCCCGGCGGGAUGAUGGUGCUGGACGGCAAGCGGCCGAUGGAUAGCCGACUCCUCUGGGCAUCGCACCUGAAGGACCCGGCGCUGGCGGGGGCGCUGAACGCGACGUUUCCGCGGAUGAAGUAUGGGGUUCUACGGGGACAUCUGAUCGGGGGCGGGGCUGUGUUGAAGGAGGAGGACACGGAGACGAGCGUGAACCCGGCGUGGAGGAAGGCGUAUGUGCAUUUGAUCUCCACGGGGGCGGAGGUGCCAAGUAUUUCGCCGGUGCGAGAUCUGAGUCCUUUGAGUGGGUGUUAUGUCAACGAGGCCUCCUACAACGAACCCAACUGGAAACAAUCCAUGUGGGGCACCCAUUACCCCCGUCUCCUCUCCAUCAAAGACAAAUACGACCCCACCGGCCUUUUCUGGGUGACCCCGGGCAUCGGCGCCGACGCCUGGUCCGUCCAAGAUGGCGUCCGCCUUUGCCCGGCCACCCCGUCCCCCGCCGGGCCGAUCGAGUAUCCGCCGGCGAACGACAAUCCGAAUAUGCGGGAUCCGGAGACGGAGUUCCGGAGCAGCGGUGCGUGGCCGCAGAAUCAGACGCAGGCGGAUGCGAGUACGAGGGGGGGGCAGGCGGCGUUGGAGGCGGCAUGGGCAGCGGGGGCGGCGCCGGUGGUGGAGGCAGGGGGGCAUGAUCAUUGA